AUGCCAUCUAGUUCUACAACUUCAAAUAAAGAGAACCAUGAUGAUCAAAAAUCUUCAAAUAAUUUUGGUGCAGAUAAAAUGUUCGAGUAUCUGCACAAAACCUCUAAGACUUGGUGUGCAAGAAAAGUAAGAAAGAUGCAAAGUGAAAUAAGAACAUUGCACCAACAAGUCAAGUCUCAAGUCACUUGGGCAGGUACAGAAGUCAUCAUUAAAAAG